AUGAGGUACGAUGGGACUAAGGAUCCCCAGGAGCACCUCACGGCUUUUGAAGCAAGAAUGAAUUUGGAAGGAGUAGGCGACGCGGUCAAAUGCCGAGCAUUCCCUGUGACGCUGGCCGGCUCAGCGAUCCGAUGGUUCAACGCGCUCCCACAAGGAUCCAUCACGGCCUUUGCGGACAUCUCCCAGAGCAUCUUGGCUCGGUUCACGACACGUAUAGCCAAGGCAAAGUACCCAAUUAACUUACUAGGGAUUAUCCAAAAACCCGGGGAGCCAACCAGGAAGUUCCUGGAUAGAUUCAACGACGAAUGCUUGGAGAUCGACGACCUUACGGACUCAGUCGCUAGUCUCUGCCUAACGAACGGCCUGCUAAACGAGGACUUUAGGAAGCACCUCACUACCAAGCCUGUCUGGUCCAUGCAGGAAAUUCAAAGCGUGGCCAAGGAAUACAUCAAUGAUGAGGAGGUGAGUCAGGUUGUAGUAGCCAACAAAUGGCAGCUCCCAAACUGCUCAACUCGGCAGGCCCCCCAGGUCGACAGGUACAAGGAAGCUCCCAGGGAUGGCACCCUAGCCAAGCAAUCCAAGCAACCCCCACGGGCAGGAAGGUUCACAAACUACACGCCACUCACGGCGCCCAUAGUAGAGGUUUACCAACAAAUUGCAGACAAGGGAAUACUAUCCAGACCUAGACCAUUGAAAGAAAAAACGGGAGGCAACAAAAGCCUUUACUGUGAUUAUCACAAGGGAUUCGGUCACAAAAUCCAAGACUGCUUCUACCUCAAAGAUGCCUUAGAGUAG